AUGCUUUCUACUGAUACCAGCAACAACGAGCAGCAACCUUCCUCCUCUUCUUCGUCAGCGGAUGGCAACGGGAGUAAUCGAUCCAAUGGCACCGAUCAGGCACCAGAAAAGUUUACCGCACCUGCUAUCACGACUGUGAGCACGACGAGUAUGCUUUCACCCGACCCUAUCUUGGUGACACGCUCCAGCAGUGGUGGUCAUCAUCGAGGCCACCAUUCCCAUAGCAAACGUUCCAUUGGCAGUGCUGCAGAGAUUCUUUCAAGUCUAAAGAUUACCACGAGUGGUCAUCACCACGAACACUCUACUCCCACGUCGCCUAUUCCUUCCAGUACUCUCGACAGCCACGUUAUUAGCGGGAAUAUGGAUGAUUUCACAAUCAAGGCUCCUAUUGGUUAUGGAUCAUCGGCCGUGGUGUACAGUGCCGUUUAUACCCCAUUGAAUCUUCGUGUUGCAUUGAAAAUGAUUGAUUUGGAUAAGUUUGAAAGGAAUCAGAUCGAUGAACUUCGGCGAGAAACGACCUUGAUGGCCUUGUCAAAGCAUCCCAAUGUAUUACGAGUGCUCGGAUCCUUUGUUCAUGGAUCAAAACUUUAUAUUGUUACACCAUACCUUGCUGGAGGGUCCUGCUUGGAUAUCAUGAAGACGCAGUUUAGUGAAGGCCUCGAUGAAUUGAGCAUUGCCACGAUUCUCAAACAGGCUUUGGAGGGAUUAUUGUAUUUGCACAAGAAUGAUCACAUUCAUCGUGAUGUCAAGGCUGGAAACUUGUUGAUGGAUGAGCAUGGAACGGUCAUGUUGGCUGAUUUUGGAGUCUCAAGCAGUCUUAUGGACACGGGUGGUGAGAGAGGAGUACGUAAAACAUUCGUUGGUACGCCGUGUUGGAUGGCUCCCGAGGUCAUGGAACAAGCUGGAUAUGACUAUAAGGCAGAUAUCUGGAGCUUUGGUAUCACAGCCAUUGAAUUAGCCACGGGUCAUGCACCAUUUGCAAAAUUGCCUCCACUCAAGGUGUUGAUGAUGACCUUAUCCAGUGAUCCACCCACGCUUGUUCGUGAAACGACAAAGCACAAGUAUUCGCGCGUCUUUAAGGACAUGGUGGACUCUUGUCUAAAUAAGGAUCCUUCCAAGCGACCCACUGCAGAAAAGUUAUUACAGCAUCCAUUCUUCAAGCAAGCUAAACGACGUGAUUAUUUGGUCAAGACCUUAUUGAGUGAUCUUCCGCCACUUGAACAACGACCUCACAAAAAGAUACCCCAACGCCAAUUAUCGAUUACCAAAACCGAUGAAUGGGAUUUUCAUGAUACAACAGAAGAGAAGGAGGAGGAUUCGACCACCGUACCAGAAACCUCGCAACCUGCAUCCCAUCAACAACAACCCAAGCGGCACAUUUCCUUUGGCGACGUUGUAGUACGCAACCCACCUCAACCAUUUUCAACAUCCACUACCAGCAAUCAACAAACACAGCAAACAACAGCGGCAGCCGAGAUUAUUGUUCCUCAAAAGAAAUCACGCUUUGUUGUGGAAGAGAUAUCGGAAGAUGGCAGUGUUCAUACGUUACCACCAGCUCCACCACCACAAGGAGAGCAUUUGACAUCGACGCCACCUUCCAUUUCACGUGAUUCAAGUUUAUCAGACAAUGCCAUGUUACAAGUACCUACCACUACUACUACCACCACUGCCCCUGGUGAUGAUGAUCAAGAGAUCAAAAGAGGACGUUUCAGUGUCAAGCAAGGAGGCGGUGGAUCUGAAUACCCUACUGUGUCAUCUGUUGAGUCUGCCGUAUCAUCAUCCGAUCAUGUUGCUGUUGCUGGAGGAGGAGGAGGUGAUCGUCGAUCAAGAUUCGAAAUUCAACUUGGUGACAAUAAUACCCCCAUCAUCAGCACCACCACCACCGGCGGCGGUACGACAUCCACUGCCACCAGCCAUUCAUUAUCACGUGCUAAUUCCGUAUCCUCAUCUUCCAAUGGCAUUUCUCUUACUCGAGAUGGAUCGACUCAUUCACGCGUUGCAAAGUAUCCCAUGUCGACUUUGGACGAUCAGCAAGGUGCUGGUGUGGAAUCACGCAAGAUGAUUGGUCGAUUUGAAUUGACCACAUCCGAAGCAAUCGUGCGACCUCCCAUGUCCCAUAGCAGCAGUGAUAAAGGCCCAGAAGGCAUCCAAGAAUCAUCACCCUCCUCUUCGGUAUCAGGACAAUCAUCCAGUACUUCGCCUUCAGCAUCAUUAUUACGUGGUCAAGGAAUGCGUGAUGUUGUUUCAAGAACCCUGCCGCCAAACCUGCAAUCGCAAUUAGAAGAACUCGUCAAGGUCAAUGAAUCCCAACGACACAUGUUGCAAGAGUUAUCCGGCAUGAUCCAUGCAGCAACAGCAGCAGCAGCAAGUAAACCCCCAGCCACUAAACCACACUCGUCCUCAUUGUCAAUAUCAGAGUCAUUUUCAGAAAGCGCUGAUAAGGUGGAAUCAACAGUGGCUGCUUUGGAAGCACAAUUGCAAAACAGUGUGCGAGCAAAUCAAGCAUUGCAACAGGAAAAUGAGAUUUUACGGAAAGAGAUUGAGCAGCUCAAGCUAUCUAGUAAUACGCAUUGA